GUUUAGCACCACGACUGAAAGACACGAGCCACGGAUACCAUCCUAUGCUGACAUCAACCUUACCAUGGUCCAGCUCCACUGUGUAAAGAAUAACACAGCACAUCACACCAAUGACAUAGCAGUGGACCGUCUGAUUGUCAGGCGUGGACAGCCCUUCCACCUGACCUUCCACAUGGGGAGACCCUUUGUCUCAGGACAUGACUUUCUGGAGCUCACGGUGGAAACAGGGCCCGACCCCUCAGAGGCUUUGGGCACUAAGACAGUGUUUAGGUGUGAGAAACACAGUGGAGUGAGGGAUAAGAAGUCCUGGAGAAUGGAGGUCUCCGAGACAGAUGCCACCACAGUCACCAUGUCCAUUGUCUGCUCUGCUGACGCCAGCAUCGGCCUGUAUACCCUGUCUGUGAAGACAGUCUCUCUUGAGAGUGAGACAGCACGCCUGGGCAACCUGCUGGUGCUCUUCAACCCCUGGUGUGAAGGUGAUGCACUUUGUCAUCUUCAUCUCCUAAAUGUAAUCCUACUGAAGUUAUAUUUGUUAGCCAAUUGUCUGUCUCUUGCUGUGACAAUGCGUGCAGAGGACUGGGUGUUUUUACCAGACGAGGAGGAGCGGCAGGAGUAUGUGAUGAGAGAGCAGGGCAUUCUCUACAAAGGAACAGGAAAUUACAUCACUCCAAUGGCCUGGGACUUUGGGCAGUUUGAAGAUGACGUUAUAGACAUUUGCCUUACACUCCUGGACAUGAACCCAAAGUGCUUAAAAAACGCGAGCGAAGACUUCUCCGCACGCUGCAACCCCAUCUACGUCAGCCGGGUGGUCAGCGCUAUGAUUAAUUCUAACGAUGACCAUGGCGUGCUGAUGGGGCGAUGGUCUGAGCCGUAUUUUGGCGGUGUGAGUCCCGCACAUUGGAACGGCAGUGUGCAGAUCCUGAGAAAGUGGAUGAAAUAUGACUGUCACCCGGUCAAAUACGGCCAGUGCUGGGUGUUUGCCGCUGUAAUGUGCACGGUUCUGAGGUGUUUGGGAAUCCCCUGCCGUGUGGUCUCAAACUACGAGUCAGCCCACGACACAGACAAAAGUCUCACUGUCGACGAGUACUUCUCUGACUAUGGCGUCAGACCAAAGCAGACUCAGGAUAGUGUAUGGAACUACCAUGUCUGGGUGGAAGCAUGGAUGAAACGUCCAGACCUCUCUAGCACUUCCAUUUAUGAUGGCUGGCAGGUCCUUGACCCAACUCCGCAGGAAAAGAGCUCAGGGGUGUAUUGCUGUGGUCCAGCUCCAGUGAAAGCUGUUCUGGAAGGCCACACUGAUGUUAAGUAUGAUGUACCGUUUGUGUAUGCGGAGGUGAACGCAGACCGUAUCACCUGGCUGGUGAUGGCCAAUGGUUCAAAGAAAUGCAUCCUCUCUGACACCACCUCGGUCGGUCAGAACAUUAGCACCAAAGCUGUCGGCAAGGACGCAAGAGUGGACAUUACGGCCAACUACAAACAGAAUGAAGGUUCAGGGAAGGAGAGAGAGAUUUACAAAGAGGCUGUGAAGAGAAACCUGAACAAUAACAAAGAUUCAGACUCCACCCUGAAGCCCCCUAACAUGUCGAUGAAAAUCGAGGAGGUCGGUAAACCAAUAAGUGGAAUGGACAUUGCCCUUACUGUGACUCUGCACAGUGACCAUCCCACUGCUCAGAACCUGUCUGUCCACAUCAACGCCCAGGCCAUGAGGUACACUGGCAUCCCUGCCGCUGACAUCUGCUCUCUCUUCAAAGAGAUCCAGCUUCAGCCCAAUGAAGAUCAGAGUAUCCCAAUCACCAUUCCCUACUCCAGUUAUGGUCCAAAGAUGCUGACAAACAACAGCAUCAAAGUGACUGUCAUUGCCACAGACAAAGAGGACCCUAAAGAGACAUUCCUUGCCCAGAAGGACAUUGUGCCACAGAGCCCCACACUCAAAAUAACUACCAGUGGGAUCCCUAUGCAGUACAGUCAGAUGAGUGUGGAGGUGGCUUUGGAGAACCCCUUACCUGUGGCCCUGAAGGACUGCACCCUGUCUGUCACCGGCAGCGGCCUUCUCCGACACACUCGAGAGUUCCGGUUCCCUGAGGUGGGAGCAGGCCAGACGACAAGGACAGUGAUCAGCUUUUGGCCUUACAGACCAGGCCCUAAGACACUGGUGGCUAACUUUGACUGCCAAACAUUCAGAGACAUCAAAGCAAGCUGCAACGUGGACAUCAGAGCUUCCAUCAGCUACUGCGGGAUUUUGUAUUAG